CAAUAUACAGCGUCGGCAUCUACACUGAUCAAUAAUUAAGAAAUCCAGAUGGGAGUUUACUCACCACAAACAAACAUAAAAAGUUAAAAGGUUCGAUUCCGUAUUAGAUCAAAUGUGUCAACUUCUUCUAUCGCAGUAUUGCGCACAUUUGCCCAUUACAGAAGCAGACUUACUUCCGAAACACACAAAAAACACAUCUUGUGUAAUCAUUGACCACAUCGGAGCUCCAGCAUCUCUGUUUGAGGUUGUACAGUGAGGGUGUCAUAACCAAACUCAUAAACUUCAGUUUCUACAGGGGAAAGAGGAACCUCUUGUACGCUCUCCAUGAGGUGGUGCUGAUAAAUCUUGUUCAGACACACACACACACACACACACUCAUUUCCUGCACUGAAGCAAGUACGUCAGUUUGUGCCUUUUGGGAUGGAGGAAGAAAUCAGUUAUUCUACUUUGGUUUUUAAAAAUGCUGGUGCGGCUCCAAAAGAGAAAAAAGAGGGAAAUUAUUCUGAAGUGGAACCUGCUGCCACUGGGCAGGCUGCUACUACUCUACCAUCAGAUGGUGAAGCAGCUGCACACUCUCACUUCCAUGUGUUGGUAGCGUGUUUGGGGAUACUCUGCGUCCUCCUGGUGGCGAGCAUCAGUGCCAUCAUCUACAUCAAUGUGGUUUUGAACGACCAGACAGUAAACCUCAGUAACCUCACAGCUCAAAACCAGCAGCUCAUCGAGGAGAGAGGCAUCUUAGAGAGAGAGACAGAGGAGCUGAGCAGAGUCACAGAUAAUCUCAACUGGACGCUGGGACUCAUCCUGAGAUUUGACAUCUUUCCAGUAAACGACUACUGCCCAGAUAAAAAGUGUCAGCUGUGCGGGAAAAACUGGAUUCUGUUCCAGAAAAAGUGCUACUUGUUUUACGAUGAAGGACCGCCUUGGCAGACAUGGCAAGAAAGCCGAAAGUAUUGUCAAAAUACAGCUGCAGAUCUGGCUGUGAUUGAUAGUCCGCAAGAACAGGAAUUCAUCAGUGCUCACAUCAAGAGGUACUAUGACAGGUAUCAUGGAUACUGGCUCGGGUUGUAUGAAAACAAGGACAAAAACUGGGUCUGGAUUGAUGGACGUAAUGGCACUCGAGGGUUCUGGGCGAUGAAGCCACUUGGUACAUCUGGUCUCUGUGCACUGAUCAUCCCUGAGAGGAGUGUUACAGCCAACUGGGAACCAGCAGACUGUACAAUGGAAAACAAAUUCGUCUGUGAGAGUGACGUUCUGAUACGGGAUAAUUAGUUAGUGCUUUAUUUGCUCUCCUAACAUAUUCUUGCUCCUCAUGUCGAAUGCAAAACCAUUUAAUUCAAAGCCCUUCAAGCAAAGAGAACUUAAGCAACAUCUACAUUCGCAAAAUGAUGCAACAGUUUUGUUCCUGUGGACGACUUGCUGCAUGUUGUGAACUCAGUUUCUGGUGUUACAUUAUGACAAAGUGUCUAAAUGUGUUUAGUAAAAGAGUUCAUACUCAACCUGGAUUUUAAGCUCCCUGACCUCUGUCUCACCUCAGGUUUAGUUUUAGAUCUCUGUAUAUUGUGCAAUAAAGUUUCACAAUAUCACCUCUGUUGGUCAAUAAUCACACUACUGUUUUACAUAUAUUUUGAAAUCAAAGGUUGCUUUUUU